UUAACAACUCGGGAAUUUAUAGACAGCGCCGUUAGGGCAGAAUAGCUUUAGUGUAUUGUGGGUCAAUAUACCGUGGGACUUGCCUGUUCACAAAUUGAUGUUAUACAUGUAGUUGUUUUACUUUACGGGCAAGAGAUUUGACAUCUUCUCAGUUUAACCUUAAUUAAUGAAUCAUUCGCUUCGGCCAAUUAAUCGACGAGUUCCUAAAGGCGAUCGCCGACGCGUACAGUGCGUGUUCCCGAGUAGGAAUCCACGCGGGAAACUUGCGUCCGUGUAUUCCAUGGUACCAGCUUCUACAUCCACACACGUGAAAACGCUUCACGCGAGUGUUGGGGCAUUCAAAGAAUGGCGCACGCUGUUUCCUGGAUGGUUGCUGGGAUAUUAGUAUGUUGGUUCAGUGCGGGUUGUCCAGCGGAAGCGUGUCGCUCCGAGGAAGAUGCGACCUUUAACCUCCGAGAAGUGAUCAUUGGAACAUGUGAGCGGUUCCAGGCGGACCAUCAGGACGUUUUCUGUCCAAACAGAUUCAAGAACUGUACGGCUAUAUGGGAAGCGUUCUCGGGGGCGUUCCGUAAGCAGCCGCGUUGUAACGUGAACGAGUCGAGGUACGACCGCUACGUUCAACUCACCGCCACAGACUUGCCCAAGGACAAGGCCGUGUUUUGGGAAAACGUCUACCAUUUUGUGAGUCGCUUUACCAACGGAGGUCGUCACUACUUCCAAGUCGGGGACACGCUGAUGGGCUACAUACCCGACGGCCUGCAGUGGUGCGGCAGCCUAAAUGAAUCGGACAUCACUCCGGGCGGCAGCAAGUGUCCGAGCAGCUGGGAAGCUUCUUCCGACUGUCAGCAGGGCGCCUCCCGAGCGUUUUGGGUCGCCGCUUCCAAGUACUUCGCCGAGCACGUGAGCGGCGAGAUUUACGUGAUGUUCAACACUUCUGUGACUCCGAUCUACGCGAUCGACACGUAUCUUGCCAAGUACGAAAUUCCGUACCUCCGAUCAGGCGUUGUAACCAAGGCGACCGCAUUGCUGCUCAACGACAGCCCAGAACCCGGGAAAUCCAAGUGUUCUGAUACCAGCCUGUCGGUGCUAGAAGAUCAACUCAGACAGAAGAACAUCCCAUAUGUGUGCGUUGAAAACAGGAGAGACGUCGCUACCAUAUACUGCCUAGACAACCCUACAGCCAAACUGUGUGAUUCCCUGGACCACGCCACCAACUCGGCACCAACCAGUUCAGUGUUAACGAAUGCCAUGUUUGUACUUUAUGUGUGCGCAUAUGUAUUGUUUUGAUGUAAUUUGUUAUCAAAAUAAACACAUUGGCAGGUUA